AUGGCUGCAGUUAAGACGUUUGUAGUCUUACUCUGUGUCGGUAUGGCAGUGAGCAAGGAGCAAGCCCGGGAGAAGCGGGGCGGUGGGUAUGGCAGUGCUGGACAAGGUUAUGGCGGCCAUGGCGGCGCUGGCUAUGGUACUGGGGGUGGCGGCUACCUGAUUGUUGGUGCGGGUGGCGGCGGUGGUCACGGUCCUAGUGCUGCUGAUAUUGCCAACCAAGCUGCACAUCAAGCUACUGCAGCUGCUGCGGGUCUUCCUGGAGCUGCCAACGCAGCUGCAGGAGCUGCUGCCAAUCAAGCUGCCGCCGCUUCAUCGGCAGCAGCACAAACAGCUCAAGCUGCAGCAGCCGAUAAACAGUCUCAGGCUGCACAAAUCACUACCGCCGCCCAGGGAGCACAGGCCGCAGCUUUCUCAGAAGCUCUAAUGGCUACAAAGACGGCAGCCGCUGAGCAAGAAGCUGAGAACACUUACAACCUGGCGGUGCAGACGGUCAACGACAUAGAUGCCGCUUUUGCAGAGGCCCGAGGCAUCGUGGAGGAGACCUACCAGGCCCUGGUGGCUGCCAGAGCUGUAAGGGCAGCCCAGGCCGCCAUGGCUUGGCAGGCACAGCAAGCCGCAUAUUCCCUUAACCAACAACAAAAUCUGGCUCUCAAUGACUUGCAAAAGGCAAACCAGGCAGCAGCCCAGGCCGAGGCAGCAGCAGCCAAGGCAUUGGCCAAGGCCAAGAACGGAGGAUACGGUUAUGGAAUACAUUAACAAACAGAUCAUUGUGCUUCUUUAGUUGAAAGCCAGCUUGUGCAGAGGAGUGAGGUGCUAUAUAGUCUUUGAUGCACAAGUGUCCAGCUAAGCAGCACUAGGAUGUCAACAGUGGACGAUGACACUUGGGAGUAAUCAAUGUAUUGUUAAAUUAUAAUAAA